AGUGGUACUCCUUGUUCCGCGAGCACGCGUGAAACGAAACUCAAAACAAACCCACAAGGAUCAUCCGGUGCUCAUGUGCUUUAUUUGUAGUUCAUGAUGGAUCUUCCAUGCGUCCAGUGGCAAGAGCAUGUUGCACAAAAAUGGACCGUACUCGACACCGAGCUAAAGGAAAAGUUUACAACCCUGCUCGAAAUAGAUGAUGUAUUCAAAUGUAGCCUAACUCUGACAACCCAAGAGGAUCUGGACUUCGUGCAGUCAAUCUCUGCAGCAUACUCCGUACAGAAGGAGACACAGCAAGCAGCCAAAUGCAGGGAGAGGGGAAACUCCAGCUUCAAGAUCAGAGACUUUACUGCAGCUGCUCUGCACUAUUCACAGGGCAUAUGUGUUGCUCCUCUAAGCUCGGAGCAGCUGUCUCUCUGCUAUGCAAACCGCUCUGCUGCGCUUUACCAUCUGCAGCACUACCAGGAUUCCCUUCAAGACAUUGACAGAGCUCUGGAGCACGGCUAUCCCUCUCAUCUUUCACACAAACUGGAGGACCGUCGCACACAAUGCCUCCAACACCUCUCUGUAGAUCAAAUGGGAAAAGAGAAAAAUCACAAUCCUGCCUCGAAGAAUCUUACAGACGGAGCUAAAGGGACAUCUGUUGGUCCUCUUUCAUUUGGGAUUUGUCCUCAAGCUGCUGUUGGCUUUAGCCCGGAGAAAGGUCGACACCUUGUGACUGAGGAGAGAAUAGCAGCUGGGGAGGUGCUUUUGCACGACAGGCCAUACAGCUGUGUCCUUAUACCAGGGAUGGAGGAGGUAAAAGGUAAGGGAGGAAGGCAGGAUGCAGAGGGAGGAGUGGAGCACCGGCGCUGUCACUGGUGUUUGACUGAAACUUUGAGUCCUGUGCCGUGUGAGGGAUGCAGCUACAGCCGAUACUGUUCAACUUCCUGCCAGCGAGACGCCUGGGAGGAACAUCACCACUGGGAGUGUUCACUGGGAGCAGAUCUGAUGGUGAUGGGCGUGAUGUCACAGCUUGCUCUGAGAGUUACACUAAAGGCGGGUUUAAAAAACAUCCAAAUAGCAAGGGAGCCAAUCAGAAACGAGCACACAGAGCCAGAGUCCAGGGAUUCAAAUCAUCACGAUCCUUGUGCUUCACACUACGGUGAGUCUUACCGCAGCGUGUUUCACUUACAACACCACCUGAAACGCCACAGCCCUUGUGUGCGUUUCCUGAGUGCGAUAACUAUAGCAACACUGUACCUGAAGCUCAGCAAGGCAGGACCUCCACCUGCAUCUUGGGACCCGAGUAGACCCUUACAGGCAAACAGCCAACCCCGAGACGAGGAGGGAGGUAUUGGAGCAGAUUGGAACUCAGAGCUGUGGCUGAUGGGAAGUGCAGUCCUGAGGCACAUGCUGCAGCUCAGGUGUAACGCUCAGGCAAUCAUCACGCUGCAAGACACAGGAGCAGAAAACUCACCGGUGCAGUCUAGCAGGGAAAUUCGCAUCGCUACGGCGAUAUUCCCGACUCUCAGUCUUCUGAAUCACUCCUGCUGUCCCAACACCAGUCUGGCGUUCAGCACUGAAACGCAUCUGUCUGCAGACUUCAGUGAGAGUGUAGCUGAGAAGAGAAGCAAAGACAGCGGAGUCACUGUCACUGUCAGAGCAGCCAGAGAUAUCCCUCCUGGACAAGAGAUCCUGCACUGCUAUGGUCCCCACAGCAGUAGGAUGGCGAUCCAAGAACGCCAGCGUCUCCUGCAGGAACAAUAUUAUUUUCUGUGUCGGUGUGAGGCCUGCACGCUGCAGCAGCAGUCAGAGAAAGACGAUGCUUCAGAGGGCAGAGUGCAGUGCUCAAGUGUUGGAGGCAAUCCACAGUCUGGACUUUUGUGUGGGAAGUGUAAAGGAUCUCUCAAAACAAGCAGCAAGGAAAGAGGAAAAGGAUUCGUAUGUUCGCGGGCAUCCUGUGGUCACUGCGUGUCCUUAUCUGAAGUGAACAAGAGGCUGCAGGAAAUGAGGCAGGAACUGAGGAAGGCUGUGGACCUCAUGGAAAGAGAGAGGCCAGAUGAGGCCCUGAGACUGUUGAGAAGGACCCAGACUCAGUCUGGUUUGAGCCUUGCAGAGACACACCCGUUUCAGGGGGAGCUGGAAGAUGCCACGGCCAGAGCGUAUGCUACCAUGGGUGACUGGAAUAAUGCAGCCUCACAUCUUGAGAGAAGUGCCAUGUCUAUUGGGAACCAGUACGGAGAAGACAGCAUUGAACUGGGUCGACAACUCUUCAAAUUAGCCCAGCUGCACUUCAAUGGUGGUGCCCGAGGCCCGGCCCUCUCUGUCAUCCCCAGGGUCAGAAAACUCCUCUGCAUUCACUGUGGCCCUCAAUGUGAAGAAUUACAGGAGCUGCAAGCCAUGGAGGACUGUCUAACAGCAUAGUCUUACAUAAAAACAAGAGCGGAAAUCUUUACAGUAUAUAUUUUUAAGUAAAUCCAAAUCUGUGAACUUUCUAAACGUGGGCCUUGUGUGGUUUUAAUGUAUUAAGAAAUGUAAAUAUAUCACUGGUUACAAACACUUGAGGGUAUGUACGGCUACUGGAAGACUUGCAUACUGUUCUGGAAGUGACGUGCAUGUUUUCACAACUUCUACAUGACCACAGGUAUACAUUGUUGAUCGUGGCUCGAUCAUCAAUUUCAAUUUCAUGCUUCAAUGGAAGUGUUGAAGUGUGAGGCAACUUACACAUAGGAAAAUAAAAAGGUUACUCCAAGUUAAUCAAUUCAUAAAAUCUGCAAAUGCCCUCGGCCACAUACACAGGUAGCCCUCUGACCUUUAGGUGGCAGCAGUUAUCCACCAACAAAUUCAAUUUAAUGCUUCAAUGGCCGUAAAGCAAUAUUUAGCUUUGACUGUUGAACCUACAUUACCAACCUCAUAUCCCCCAACAUACCUUCAUCUUAAAAGUAUUUAUGAGCCAGUCGUAUAAAGCAUCAUCAUCAUGUGCUACAUGAACAGCAAGGUUCAUGGUUUUCAGAGAUGAUUUAAAGCUCCUGUUGUGCAAAGACACUAAAAUAUCGAUCACAGCUGGAUCUCCUGAGGCUUCUGCCAGAUAGACGUCAACAGUUCCUGGGUGGCAGCCAAUUUGACUGACGUGGGUACGUACUCACCGAACGUCAAGGUUAAGACGAUAAACUCGGGGGAGGCAGCUGGUGAAAUCAGAGAAGAAGUCGUGUAUGAAGGCUACACAGGGGUGAGGUCAUGCUAAAUAUUAGUCACAAGACCAAAAAAAGUCAUUCUUGAGCAUAUAUAAUAAAAGCAUAUCACAUGCAGGGAUCAUUCCACUGUGACUUUGCUUAAUGUUUUCUUUGUUGAAACCCAAGACAAUAGGGGAAUAACAGCCAUUAUGUCUUGUUUUGUGCAACCAACCAUUAAAAUCUCCCAGACAUUCAAUUUACUAUAAUGCAAGACACAUUUGGGAACCUGAAACAAUCAAAUGUUUGUCAUUUUCUCCCUUGAAAAAUGAUUCAAACAAUGAAUUGGUUAUUAGAAGGUUUACUUUCUUAACACGUGUCAUAGGGUUACUAAAAUGCCUAUAAAACAAGAGGUGAAGAGCUAGAAGGACAAUAAAGGACUCUAACAAUAGAUUUUUUAUGUGGCUGCCAUCAGCCAAGUGCCUUCACAGCCACAAAUCAAGGCCUGACAAGCUGAGGAAGAGCUUUUUCACACAGGCUAUGAAGGCCUUGAACAACGAACAAUAAACCCCACAAGGACGAGGGACUCAAGAACAUGCAGCUAAUAAAUUCUAUUGGCAAUACUUCAAUUUAUAUUCUGAUGACGCAUCUCAACUGUUUCUACUUUAAACCAUGUUUUCUAUCUUGGAGUUGUAUUUAAUGCUUUGUAUAUAUUUACUACUUGCUGUUUUGGUAUAUUUUUUUAACAGCAUUUAAAUAUGCAAACAUGUUUGUAUAUGUAAUAAAAGUCUUCAGUGCCGCAAAUAGAAACCUGUAACCUAAAAAGCUAUUUAUAUGACGUGAUAUGACAUCUACAUUUUAUAAUUUUUGUUGUAAAUUACAGUGCACCUAUAUGUUGUUUGGCAAAUCAGUAGAUGUCUAAAAUAGCUGGCUUGAAAGAAUGCUCAAACACCAGUUGAGGGGAUUUCUUUCAGAUGAGAAAAUGUGAUCAUGCUGCUGUAGAUGGAAAAUAUAAUUUUACAUUUGAGUGAACCAGAUAUGAACCCGAUUUUGUAAUUCCUCUCCUCGCUGAAAUCCCUCUUAGAAAACCCUGAGCACGUACUUUUUGUACAGUCUGUCCUCUAAUGAGCUACUGUAUAUUACCAUAAUGUUAACAUGACAUUUCAGAUAAUGCCUUCUCAUAGUGGGAAAAUCACUGAUGCAGCUUAAAAUAUGCAAAUGGAGAACCAGAGAUAACCUUGCUUAAAUUGUA